UGGAAAACAAAAUCCAAACAAAAAGCCAAUCUAUCACGUCGCAACCCAUCGCAUCGCAUCGCAUCGCAUCCCCAGCUACAGCCCAGACGAGACCCGAGAGACGAGAGACGACGCUCUGUCGUGUGUCUGGAUAUCUCCCACUUGGCCCGUGUCGCGGCCGCCCAACCGAACUAGACGACGAGCUGUGCGUGCCCGUUCCAGUGUCAGUCAGUUGUCGCUAAGCUACCCGCCACUUUUUGCGCCAGCCCUGGCUCCUCGCCAGCCAUGGCCUCCCUCCCGCCAAGCUCGCCACGGCUCCCGAGUCCCCCUCCUCCAGCCGAGAUCCAGCUCGGCCCCAAGCCGCCAUCGGCGGGAAGCACGGCCAACCGCCACGCCCAGCAGAUGGAGCAGACGGCCCUCGAUGCCAACUCAAAGCGCCGCAUCCAUCCCGGCACCAGGUCCGCCGACAUGGCGGCCGGUCCGCCGCUGGUGCCGCUGAGCGAGCUCGACUCUGCCUUCCAGCUCCAGGAGCACCUGGCGGCGCUUCACUACCACCACACAGCGACCAACACGAACCCCGUCACUCGCGAGACGGCCACCAUCCUGGCCACGCCGCCGCCCGGGAUCGACCGCUCGCUGUGGCUGUACGAGCUCUGCCGUUUCCUGAUCGAGCAGUGCAACGGCCUCAUCGUCGGCUUCCUGUUCGACACGCCGCCGUGCAGCGCCGCCACUUGCCCUGAGAUGCGCGCAUCCGAGUGGCAGUUCCUGUGCGCAGUCCACGACCAGCCCAAGUCGUGCUGCGCCAUUGACUACUGCUGCCACACUCUCGACUGGGCCGCCAACGUGGUCACGAACCCCCAGAUCUUCCCCUCACGCUUCGUCGCCCUCUCUGACGCCCACGACAAGGGCGCCGCCGUUAAGAACCUCGUCAAUGUCUUCCGCCGCCUUCAUCGCAUCUUCGCCCACGCCUGGUUCCAGCACCGCGGCGUCUUCUGGACCGUCGAGGGCCAGGCGGGGCUUUACGUCCUCUUCAAGACUGUCUGUGACAUGUACGACCUCCUGCCAAGCGAGAACUACAAGCUUCCACCCGAGGCCGAGGGUCUGGAAGCCCCCCGCGCCUUCACACCGUCCGGAGGGGACUCUCACCCGCAGCAGCCGCAGCAGCAGCCGCAGCAGCAGCCUCCGUCACAUCUGGGAAUGAUGCAACCAACCUCCAUCGCCCGCCCGCGCAGCCAGGGCGCCCAGUCGGACGGGGAUGGCGAUAAUCUCAACGCCGCCGGUAGCAGGAUAGGCACUAGAAGGCACAUCCGCAACAGCCCGUCAACGGGGAGCGCCGUGACAACCGUCAUGGAGAGUGACGAGGACGACGGUGCUGGUUCCGUGGCGAACCGUUUCAGGCAGAUGCGCAUUGUUGAGGCCGCAAUUCCUGAGGAUGAUCCGGAUGCUGCCGAAGUUCCUGUCAUCGUCGAGCACAUGGCCCCGGCCCCGCCAGCAGAGGGAGGCGCUGCUCAGGCCGCCGAUGCCGCCGGAGCUGCAACGGUAGACAAGCCGGAUGACCAAAUCUCGGCCGCUGCAGAGGCUGAUGCCUCGGACUCUGCCGAUGACGUUACCGUGGUGUCGGCUAACCUAGAUGAUUCUUCUGUGACGACGGAACAAGCGCCCGGGGAGGAGACAGGAGUGCCUGAUGACGACGUGGAAAAGCAGCAAGAGCCCAGCGCCGAGUCAAAUGGACCUAUUGCCCCGGAUGCAGGCGCCACCAGCGUCACUGACUUUGCCCAGCAGACGGAGGUUGCCCCAGAGACGGGUGAUGGAGCGGCCACCGAAGCCGCCGCGUCUGUUGACAAAUCAGAGGGAGCUGAAGCGCAGGGCGCCGAAGACACGACGGAUGCGAAGAAGUCGGAAGCAGCAGAGGAGGCCAAGGAGCCGGUCGGAGCGCCCGAAGCGAAAUAAUGGCAGUUUACAACGUGGUUAAGGACAAGCAAAGCUGGACGGCGGAACAACCCCUGUUCGUUCUUGGGCCUGUUUGUGAUUGUGUUCUCUUCUUGUGCAGGGCAGGGCAGGGCCGGGACCGGCCAGGCAGUUCGGAUAGAUGUUUUCGGAAAAUAGUAUCAUAAUAUAGUGUCUACUCUGUGCUGUGGUCG